UCGUGCACGUUGCUUCUUUGGCCUGUGUCUGUUGCCGUGGUCAUCGCUCGGAGACACAGUCGCUAAUUUUCAGGCAGAAAAGACAUUUUCAGCGCGAGCAUGAGUGCUGGAGGAGGAACCCCUUACAUCGGCAGCAAGAUAAGCCUGAUAUCCAAGGCACAGAUCCGGUAUGAGGGGAUACUGUCCUCUGUCGACACUGAUAGGUCCACGGUUGCUUUAGCCAAAGUCAUUUCCUAUGGGACAGAGGACCGGCACACAGACAGACCGGUGCCACCCAAGGAUAAAAUUUUUGAAUACAUAGUCUUCAGAGGAAGUGACAUCAAAGACAUCACUGUGUCUGAGCCUCCAAAGCCACACCAUGGACUGCCCUGUGACCCUGCUAUUGUCCAGUCAUCUGUCGGCAGCUCCUCUGCCGGGUAUCACCCACGCUGGAGUCCAUACAGGGACAUGAUGCCCACCUACAGCCAGCUGGCUGCGAGUUCUCUACUCAACCAGCAGUACAAUGCAGCACUGAACUUGGGGCUUCAUGGCAUCCCAGGCAGAAGAGCCCCCAUGGUUGAGCAGGCUGUGCAGACUGUGCCAUUGGCCGGUGCUGCCCAGAAAAGAGGCAAGACUCCGACCCAGCUGCAGGGCAAACAGCCGGCCCGUCCAACCCAGCGCUCUGGAAGGGCUGGUUCACUGGUUCAGAAGGAGAAUGUACCCGCCAGCCGGGCACCAUCUCAGCCGAGUUCAGCCAAGAUUCAAGGCCAAGGCACUGAGAACCAGAAACAAAGGCAAAAACAAGGCAAUCGUAGAUCCAGAAACAGAAGCAGAGGCCAGCUUCUUGUGAAAAAUCCCACGGCCACAACCUUGCAGUUUGAGUCAGAUUUUGAUUUUGAAACGGCAAAUGCUCAGUUUAAAGAUGAUCUCACAAAGGAGGUUGUAGUUGAAAAGGUGGAGUCCGGGGAGGCCCAGGACAGCCAGGGUACACAUGAGGAGGAGACUCUGGGUGAUAAAUACUACGACAAAGCCAAAUGCUUCUUUGACAACAUCUCGUCGGACCUGAAGCCCAGGAGAACCACCUGGGCCGAGGAGAAAAAGCUGAACAUGGAGACUUUUGGAGUGCCCGGCCGGUUCCUGAGAGGCAGAGGAUUCAGGGGCCGAGGUCGCGGAGGGCAGAGCACCACUGAGCAGCGACCCCUUCCAAAAAUUGGAAGUGGAAGGGUGUGAAGGCUUUUUUUUUUUUUUCUUUGUCUUUUUUGUUAACAGUUUUGUAAAUAUUGUAGUUUUCUACUUAUUUAAAAGAGUACCUCCCCUUUUUCCCCCUAUUUGAAGCACUUGAAGCAAAGUUAUAUAUUUUUUUUUUUUCCCAAACAUGCAUUUGUGGGAAUUUUGUACUUUUUGAACUGUUAUGAAAUGGGAGAUAAAUUUAUUUUUAAUCAUGCAGCUGUAUGCUAGAAACACAUUUAUUUAUCUGUAAUUUUGGUAAAAUGCAUUAUGGAAUUUGUCUUUUGACAAGCCAGCUGCAUGUCAUUUUUGUUUUCCUGAAUGUGUUGAAUUCUUGUCCAACUGUCCAAAUGUAACUCCAAAAUACUUCUGGAGGACAGCUGUACUGUUUUGUUUUUUUGUUUGUUUUCCUUGCAUGUAAAAUUAAAACUGUGGAGGACUUUAACAGUUGCUAUUAAAUAAUAUAUAAUUAACCGAA